AUGAUUCACAGCACAACAAAUAUCUUGAAUAACAACAAUUCGAUGUGUGUAAACGACAAUAAUUGUCAACAAACAAUCGCUUGGCUUAAAUCCCUCGAAACACGAAAACCCACCGUGCCAACGUAUCCAUUACAAACACUUUUCAAUACAAAAAAAAGCUUGUCUUCCAACAUACUCAACACGGAACCGUUUGAAUGCGAGAAAGAUACUUUGACUUUCUCGAAACUACCAGAAACAAAUAUUCACGAGGAGAAAAAAUCUUGGUCGAAUAUACCAAAUGAUGAUGACCACCUCUUCGACGACGACGAAAAUAAACCUACCCCACAAAAUGAUGAUUUAGAGAAAAACUCGAAAAAUUGUUCUACAAAUCUUGAAAGUUCACAAUUAUUAUUACUUGAACCAUGUUGGAGUCCCAGCAAUGAGACGGUGAUAGGGUUAUUCGAUGACGAAGAGGCUGACAAUGAAUAUACCGAUAACUAUUCUGACAUUGACGAUGAUGAAGAAGACGAUGAAAAAUCGUAUCUUUUAUGGGACACGGAUAGUGAAUGCAGCGACACAACAACAAUAAAUGAUUUCGACGAAGAGAAAGAAAUGUUAGACGAUGUCGUGUUUUACGCCGAUGAUUUUUUAGACAACUUUAUUGAUAACGCAACAUUAUCCGCUGAAAACGGCGACGACGAAUUUAAACAACAGCUAAAAGAGAAAAAGAGCAAUAAUUUCGAUUCCGAAGAUUUUUAUAAACAAAAAUCAUAUUUCGAUUGGGAUUCGGAUCCCGAGGAAGAUGACGAUGAGAGUACUUUAUUAGAUGACGACGAAAAAGACGCAGAAAAACCAACAAUCGAAUCAUUUGACGAUGCAAUAUAUUACGCAAAUGAAAUACUUAAAAGAUUUUAG